AUGAUGAUGGAGUCCAGUAUCAACAGCGCAACAAUAUUACCACCCUACGAAGAAGAAUUCGAACCAGUUGAUAAUCUUCAAUGGUCUCCAGAAACAGCAAACAGCAUUUAUUUGUUUUGGAUACACCUGCUUCAAGCAUCGAAAACAUUUAGAAUGAUACCUCAAGUUAUAAGAAGAUAUUACCCGGCUAUUAUAGCCAUUAUUAUGUGUAUUGGUAUCACCAUGGCGUCUGAUCUGGCGGAGGACCAGGUUCUCUCACCUGAAGAUCUUCGAAUGCUUCACUACGCUGCAGAUAAACGUUCUCCUAACGAUGAUUUAACGAAAAUUUUAUUAAAAAAAAUGAGAUUUCGAGAUACAGAGCCAAUGUUAAAUACUUUAAGACAAUACCAUGCAAUGCCUAAAUCAAAACGUCAAGAAAUGCUGAUGAAUAAUUUAGCUGCCUUACUCUCGGGAUUAAAACAAAGACAGGCAGAAUCUAAUCUACGAAUCCCAACUUUAAGAUUUGGUUAAUUUGUUGCAGGACAAGAGGCUAUGCAUGAUAUUAGAUACGGAUGGGGGAUUUCGCCAUUUUUUCUUACCCUUAUUCAAUCACCAUACACCAUAAUGACAAGUCUAGAGACAUAUUCUAUAUUAUACAUGGAAGCACUAACCAUAUGAUAUUUCAAUCCAGAAUUUACCGAAGUAUAUCACACUAAAUAUGGUCAAAUAAUGGAAAACGAGUGGUCAUCGAGUAAAAAAUCAUUGGAUCAUCAAGCUGCCCAAAUAUUGGAAAUGAACUUUCCACAAAGACGACGAAGAAGGUCGACUUUUUAGUCAUUAGUGCAAUUUUAAAUAAAUUUCCAGUAAUAAUUACGAGGUUCAAAUAAGGCUACCCACAUAACGUAUCAGAAACGUAGUUUGAAAUCCCUUGAAUUACACUGCAACGGAUUGCAAACUGUCAUGUACAAGGAUUCACCUUGAUUUUAAAGUCAAUUGCAAUACCAAUUUACUUAUACAAUGUAAUGAUAUAAUUUUGAAUUAAAAAUAAAACUUUUGUUUUAG